AUGGGUGGUGCGGCUGACGUUAAACCCACGAGGCGUUUCAUCGCGCCUGUGAGUGAGUGCGAGUUCACUUUACAGAGCGUGCUCGAGGAAGUGACGCUGGACGAGGAGAAGCGUGAGAGAGGGAAGCGUCCGCAGCGAGCGUUGGGUGCGGCGAUAGGGAUCGCGACUGGUUUAUUAGCAGAGUCACACGCGUCGCAGGGAGGUCGAGUGCUCGUGUUUACCUCAGGACCGUGCACGAUGGGUCCUGGAACAGUCGUGGGGACAGAUAUGGGUGAAAACUUGCGCUCUCAUCAGGAUUUGGAAAAGAAUGCGAGCAAGCAUUACAAAGAGGCGUGCAAGUACUACAACGCGAUUGGUAUUCGACUAGCCACGAAUUCACACACGUUAGACGUAUUCGCGUGCUCCCUGGAUCAGGUCGGUCUGGCGGAAAUGAAGAUUGCCGUGGACCAAACGGGUGGUGUGAUGUUUCUCGCCGAACAGUUCCGCGCGGAGACGUUUAGGCAGUCGCUGGCGAAACUGUUCGCCCGAGAUCCUAAAAAUGGGGCGUUGGAGAUGCGAUUCAAUGGCACGUUCAGCGUGUUCUGCACGCCGCAAGUCAUGGUUUGCGGUGCUAUUGGUCCGAUUAGCGCUUUGGCGGUGAAGUCGCAACGCAUCAGCGAAAAUGAAAUCGGUCUCGGACAAACCACGUCGUGGAGAAUGUGUUCAUUCACGCCAUCAACGACGAUCGCGGUGUACUAUGAAGUCGUCAAUCAACAUAGCAAUCCGAUUCCGCACGGUCAGCCGUUUUUCCUGCAGUUUUGCACGAGGUACAAGCUGAGCGAUGGCACAAUUCGCUUGCGAGUUACAACGAUCGCUAGAAGAUGGGUGGAGAGUAGCUCGGCGCCUGAGAUCGUGGGUGGAUUCGAUCAGGAGGCGUGUGCGGUGCUCAUGGCAAGAAUCGCCACGUUUAGGACGGAAAAUGAGGAGUCUUUCGAUCUCUUGCGAUGGCUCGAUCGAACUCUCAUUCGAGUGGGAUCCAAGUUUGGCGAAUAUCAGCGGGACGCUCCAGAUAGUUUCAGGAUGCCGCCGACGAUGUCUAUCUAUCCGCAGUUCAUGUUCCAUCUGCGACGUUCGCAGUUCUUACAAACGGCGAACAAUUCUCCAGAUGAGACGGCGUUCUACCGCAUAAUGCUCACACGUGAGACGGUGACGACGUCGUUGGUGAUGAUUCAGCCGACUCUGUUGAGCUAUUCAUUCAACGGUGCACCUCAACCGGUGCUCUUGGACGUGAGCGCGAUCACACCGGACACAAUCUUACUCUUAGAUUCCUAUUUUUUGAUCGUCGUUCACCGAGGAAGCACUAUCGCCGGUUGGCACAGAGAGGGAUAUCAGGAUCAACCGGAACACGAGGCGUUCCGCGCGCUACUGGCAUCGCCCGUGCGCGACGCCCAAGCGUUAGCCGCCGAGCGAUGUCCGACGCCGCGCCUCGUCGAGUGCAACCAAGGAGGAUCCCAAGCUCGAUUCUUGCUCGCCAAGCUCAACCCUUCCGCGACGCACAACACGUCGGCCAACGGCUACGGCGCUCAACAAGGCGGCGGAGAGUACAUCUUCACCGACGACAUCUCCCUCAGCGUCUUCCUGGAGCACCUGAGCAAGCUCGCCGUCUCCUCGUAG